UAUAUGUCGAUAAUAACAACUAUUUUUAUAAAAGUUAGCUCGAAAUAAUAUAAUAAUCAUAAUUUUUGUCAAAUGCUGCGUAAACAACACGACGGCACGGUAUGCGUUAUGUAACAUGUUCUAUUGUUAACGGAAUGGCCUGUCCCAGCCGGUCUUUCGUUCUAUUGUGCUCUACACGCGCAGGUCAGUUUACAGAAUCGGUAAUGAAACUGUCUAAUACAUUGAUACCCAAAAUAAUUAAAAAUCUAUAGCGAUGUACACAAUUAUCAUGGUAAAUACCCAAUUAAUAUUUUACCUAGCCCUGGUUUAAUUUGUCUUCAUCGCCGCAAAUGCUAAGACACUUGCUCUGUUGUCGACCGAUGUACAAUCAGUCUGUUCUAGACAUUUAUAGCGUUUACUUUGCCUUUGCUCUCUCCGUGUUUUCACAGUCCUUACACAACAGUAUUAACAAUUUUUCUCAGUGUUAAUUUUUCCAAGUGUUUAAACACUUUAUUUUCAUCCGUUUUAUCUUAAACAUUUUAAACAUGUUUAAAUGCGAUCAGUGCCCCUCGGUUUUCACCGCAAAACAUAAUUUAACUGUGCACCAAAAGAAGCAUACCGGUGUGCGUAUUCCAUGCACCGUAUGUCCAUCAACAUUUUCUUUCAAGACCAGCCUCAACAAACAUUUGAAGAACGCUCAUGGUAUCAUUAACGUUCCGGCUCACUUGAGACCAUUGCCUGCUGCUCCGAUCAUCGAUCAGCAAACACGAGCAAGCGUGAUACAGUUCGCGCCUCCUACCACCCCGCAGAUUCAAAUAGCGCCUCAAAUUUUUGUACCGGAUGUCCCGGCUGGCGGAUCGCGCGUGUUAUCCGAAGAUGACAUAUGUAUGUUCGCAAUGGAUGCAUAUGAAAUGCUAGACGCCGAUACAGAAUCUUACACUUCUGCUGUAAAUGGUAAACGCGUUUCUGUUGCCAACACCACCUCAGCUGCUAGGGCAAAAAAGGCGCGUAUGGAUCUCGUUAAAUCCCCCGGGUUUAAUGAAAUUUCGUCGUCCGCAAAUAGGAAGAUCGUGUGGUACUACGCAAAAAAUAUCACCAAUACAAAAAUUUAUUCAGACUUUCUCCGUCCACUUAUACCUGAGCUAAUAAAUUUAUUGAAAACACACGUACAAAAACAUGCGAUUAAAUUUAAUUUGAAACUUGAGGCGACCUAUAACCGUCCGAACGUACCAAACUCAUCGGAGAACAGGGCAUUCAAGACUUCAGCGGUAGAAAUUUUUUCCGACAGUGAUAUUAGAACGAUUUUAGAGAUAGCGUAUAUGAAGUUGAUGAAGGAGAAGGAUGAAUAUAUGGGGAGAGGUAGUGGUUUUACUUUAGAAUCCAUAGACGGGUUAUUAUUGGCGGUGUACAAAUAUACUCCGAUGGGUGGUGCGUCUUAUAUUGAGUUACCGGCGUAUAUCGACAGGAAGCGGGCGACUGUAAACCCACAGAACCUAGAUCAGCAGUGUUUCAAGUGGGCGAUUCUCGCGAGGCAUGUGACGGGGACGGCGGUAUGCCGUGUCGGAGAAAAUUACAUGCAACAUGAAGAUAAAUAUAAUUUUGAUUGCAUCACCUUCCCUACACCUCUCUCAGAUAUACUGAAAUUUGAAAAAAAUAAUAUUAACGUGUCCAUAAACGUGUACGGCCUCGAUAAAAAAUUUCAAAUACCGAAAUUGCCGAGGUAUGAGGUCUACCCGCUACGUGUUGUUGACGAAGAAAAAUCCAAUCACUUCGACCUGUUACUGAUAACGGACGGUGACAACUCGCAUUAUACAUACAUUUCAAAUUUUUCCCGACUCAUACGUAAACAAAAAACCGGACAUGAUGGGCGUGUCGUGUUUUGUAAAAGGUGUUUUACCAGUUUCGACAACCGAAAUUUAAAAUACAAGCUGAGCGGGCAUGAGGCUCUAAACCAGCACAAAUUGAUUUGCGGGGCGCACAAGCCGAUUCUACCGGAGAUGCCGAAGGAGGGUGAUAGCAUUGAGUUUAAGGCGUGGAAAAAGACACAGCGACACCCUUUUGUUAUUUACGCGGAUUUCGAAGCAUUGUUGGUGAAGACGGAGGAAAAGAAAGGCGAGAGUACUACAAUUAUACAGAGACACGAAGCGAUGAGUUACGGUUUUUUAGUGAAGGCGAGCGACAACGUACCGGAGGAGUUAUUGGAAGAGUACGAGAUACCGGCGGGGCCGGUAAUCUACAGAGGCAGCGAAGACAGAACGGACGUGGCGAGACAUUUUGUGGAGAUGAUAGUUGAGGUGGCCCAGAAAAUUGAAAAACUGAUGAAGACAAAUUUUCCUAUAAAAAUGAGUGAGGGCGAAGAAAAAACACAUCAAGAGUGUAAUACGUGUAAUUUAUGUAAAUGUUGUUUAGCCGGGGGCGAUAAGGUUAGGGAUCACGAUCAUUUGACGGGGAAAUUUAGGCAGACUUUGUGCUCUAGGUGUAACUUGGAGUUACAACAACCUAAAUUUGUCCCCGUCUUUUUCCAUAAUCUAUCAAACUAUGACGCACAUCUUAUUGUAACGGAACUUGGAUAUGAUACUCAGACUAUCAACGUUAUUCCGAACAGCGAAGAGAAAUAUAUAUCUUUCUCGAAAUAUAUAAGUAGUACCUUCACUGUUCGGUUUAUCGACACGUUCCGGUUUAUGGCAUCGAGUCUGUCGUCCCUGGCUGAAAAUUUGGUUACACCCGAACAUGACAACUUCCGUGAGACAGCCAAACAUUUUGUCACCGGAGAUAUGCCGCUCGUGACUCGUAAGGGUGUGUACCCGUACGAGUACACGGAUAGUUGGGAGCGGCUGAAGGAUAUGAGUUUACCGAGGAAGCAAGAUUUUUAUAGUACGUUGACAGAGAUCGGGAUCAAGGAUAAUGAGUUUGAGCACGCGAAGGAGGUCUGGGACCACUUCGACUGUAAGACGCUUGGUGACUACAGUGACUUGUAUUUGAAGAUCGAUGUGCUGUUGUUGGCGGACGUCUUUGAAAACUUCCGCGACCUAUGUAUGAGCGCGUACAACCUGGACGCCGCUCAUUAUUUCACCGCCCCAGGCUUGAGUUUUGACGCGAUGCUUAAGUUUACCGGUCAAAAGCUACAGUUAUUGCAUGAUUACGACAUGUUGCUGAUGUUCGAAAAUGGUAUACGUGGUGGACUAGUGCAAGCGAGCAAACGGUAUGCGAAGGCGAAUAAUGUCAAGACCCCGGGAUACAACGAGACGAAGGAUAAAUCAUGGAUAAUUUAUCAGGACUGUAACAACUUGUAUGGAUGGGCAAUGUCUCAGUACAUGCCAUACGAUGGAUUCAAGUGGGUUGAACCUACAUUGAAUGGAUUAGAUGAUUUGAAUGACACCUCCCCAAUAGGACGUGUGUAUGAGGUGGACGUGACGUACCCACAACACCUACACAACGAGCAUAACGACCUGCCUUUCUUACCACAAAACAGUAUGCCAAGUGGUUCGAAGGUAAGGAAGUUGAUGGCAACGUUUGAAAAGAAGGAUAAUUAUAUUAUACACUAUCGAAAUCUGCAGCAGGCGAUUAAGAAUGGACUUAUAGUUGAAAAGGUACAUAGAGUAAUACAAUUCAACCAGUCUGACUGGCUGGCUAAAUAUAUUGAGUUGAACACCGAGAUGAGGAAGAAGGCAAAGAAUGAUUUUGAGAAAGACUUUUUUAAAUUAAUGAAUAACGCUGUAUUUGGUAAAACAAUGCAAUCGAAGAGGAAGGAGAUGAAGAUGGAGUUGGUGUCAUGUGAAAGGAGAUUGCAAAAACUUAUAAACAAGUGUACGUUCAAACACUGUACAAAUUACAAUGAGAACCUUAAUGCUGUCGCCCUGGAGAAUAAGAUUAUUAGAUUUGACAAACCUAUUUAUAUUGGAUUUGCAGUGCUGGACAUAUCUAAGACAUUGAUGUACGACUAUCAUUAUAAUGUAAUGAAGAAAUUCUACAGAGACAAAAUUAAAUUAAUGUACACUGAUACAGAUUCACUAGUAUAUCAUAUUGAUACUGAAAAUUUUUAUGUGGACUUGGCGGUUAAUCGUAACUUGUUGGACCGGAUGGACACCGCCAACCUGCCCAAUGACCAUCCGUGCUAUGUGGCAGAAAGAAAGAAGUCUCCGGGGUACUUUUCUGAUGAGGUGGAUGGGAAUGUGAUUAGCGAGUUCUGUGCGUUGAGGGCAAAGUCCUACGCUUUUAAUGUGUAUGCUGGAGCAGAGGACAGAGUUGGUGGUGAAAAGAUCAAGGCGAAGGGUAUCAGAGCUCACGUUGUUAAGAACCACAUGACGAUGGAAGACCAUAGGAAGUGUUUGUUUGGUGAAGCUGGAGUGGAGGUAUACAAGGAGAAUGUAUCAAUACGGUCAUUCAACCACCAGCUAGUAACGAUAAAGACCAGGAAGUUGACUUAUAACAACUAUGAUGACAAGAGGGUGGUGUUGGAAGAUAAAAUAAAUACACUAGCCCAUGGACAUUACAGUAUAGAGAGAGAUGAACCAGAGGAUGAGUAGACAGAACUUCAACAUUACUUUUUAUAUAUUGUAUAUUUUUUCUGUUAAUUAGUUUUAUUGUAAAUAUUAUACGUUAUAUAGUUUGUUAUAUUUGAGAUAGAUUAUUGUAUAUAACUUUUGUAUUUAGAUGUCAUGGUUGGAUACACCAACGAUUGUAAAAUAACUCAAAUUGAAAUUAUUGUAAAUACUGUCUAACAGAAUGUUUUUAAGUUAGAUUAGUGUAUAAACUUACAGUAUUUCCCCCCUUUAUAAUGUAUAAUUGAUAGAUAAUUAAGUUUUUUCAUAUUUAUAAUGUAUAAUUGUUAGAUAUUUAAGUUAGUUUACAAUGUUUUCUUAUAAUAUUUUUUUUUCCUGUUAAUAAUCAUGUUUUUUCUGUUUCAGGUUGAUGGAAGCCCAUACAUAUUUAAAAACCUGUGUAAAUGUUAACAUAUAUAAAUGUAUGUUAGCAUAUAAAUAAAAAAAAAAAAAAAAAUGUUAAAAUAUUUUCAUG